AAACAAUAUCUGUGUGCUGUGUGUCCCAACCUGUGACCAGCAGUGCCUCUCCGGGAGUCAGCCAAGUCCCUUGUUGUCUGCAGGAAUGAACCCGCUGCUGGUUGAGCUGUGCUCUGGGCUUCCUUUACAACCUCUGCCCCCCAACAGAGGGAGAAACAGCAGCCUGCCUCACGCUCCAGUCCGCACUCCCAACCUUACCCUUGACGACGAGAAGGUGGCUCUGAGAAAUGCCUUGCGUUAUUUUCCCUCCAACCUGCACAGCCUCCUCGCUCCUGAGUUUGCGACUGAGCUCAGAGAGUUUGGUCAUAUUUACAUGUACAGGUUCUGCCCACAGAUUGACAUGAGAGCAUAUCCAAUCAGUCAGUAUCCCUGCAAAACAAAGGCAGCUGCAGCAAUCAUGCACAUGAUCAUGAAUAACCUGGACUCACACGUUGCUCAGUUUCCCCAGGAACUUGUGACUUAUGGAGGCAAUGGACAGGUCUUCAGUAAUUGGGCCCAGUUCCGCCUGGUGAUGUACUACCUAUCCCAGAUGACGGAGCAGCAGACCCUGGUCAUGUACAGCGGGCACCCACAGGGAUUAUUCCCGAGUCCCCGAAAUGCUCCACGGGUGGUCCUCACGAAUGGCAUGGUGAUCCCAAACUAUUCCUCCAGGGAUGAGUAUGAGAAGCUGUUUGCCAUGGGAGUCACCAUGUACGGGCAGAUGACAGCAGGAAGUUACUGUUACAUUGGCCCACAGGGGAUUGUGCAUGGCACUGUGCUGAUUGUGGUUAAGUUCCCUUCAGCUGUUGUUAAACCAGAUGAACUUCUGUCACUUUCUUGUUCUCUGAUGGUGACCGGUGGAAGCUGGGCUCACCUCUGCUAUCACUGCCACACAGCCGAUGAUCGCAGCUGCUUUUGCCUGGGCCCCACUCAUCCCGCCGAGUCCAGAGGUCACAAACACUUUGCCACUGAGAUCUUCCAGCCCCAGGUAACGUCGGCCCGCGUUCACCACAGUCAGCUGCAAAACACAAACAUGGUUGUCGGUUCUCAAGCUCGGAUUCUGUACUCGGAUCAGAAAGGACGUGUGAAGAUAGCAGUUGCAAUAAACCGGGCAAUUGCUGCAGGCAAGAUCACGGCUCCUGUGGUGAUUAGCCGAGACCACCAUGAUGUCAGUGGAACUGACAGCCCCUUCAGAGAAACCUCAAAUAUUUACGAUGGGUCAGCAUUUUGUGCAGACAUGGCAGUGCAGAAUGCUAUUGGUGACUCAUUCCGAGGAGCAACGUGGGUGGCUUUACACAACGGCGGAGGUGUGGGCUGGGGAGAGGUGGUGAAUGGUGGCUUUGGUCUGGUUCUGGAUGGCUCUGUGGAGGCUGAGGAGCGAGCAAAGAUGAUGCUGAACUGGGAUGUCUCCAAUGGGGUGAGCCGACGGUGCUGGUCCGGAAAUGCCAGGGCAUACGAGACAAUUUGCAGAACUAUGAAGGAACACAGAGGCCUGAGAGUUACCCUCCCUCACGCUGUGGAGGAUGAAGAGAUCUUGGACAGAGCCCUGCAGGAGUAGGCAGCCUGACCAGCACCCACCUACCCCUGUCCCACUCACAUCCCUGUGCACUAUUCAGAUUCAGAGCACCAGAGAAUCAACCAGCACAGAAGAGGCUCUUCAGCCCAUCGAGUCUGCACUAUCCAAACUGCUCUACACCGGUCCUACUUUCCGGCAUUGGGGCCUAGCCCUGGAUGUUAUGACGUUCCAAGUGCUCGUCCAGAUAUCUUUUAAAAGCCAUGUGGUUUCCCUCCCAGGCAGUACAUUCCAGACUGCCACUCCAUUUGUUAUUGACCCUUCAACUAAGGGGGAACAGCUGCUUUCUAUCCCCCUGUUCAUGCCCCU